AUGAUAAUAAACAGCUACUUGACAAUGAGUCAUUUCUUUUGUUCAAAUGAACCAUCUACAAGUUACACUGUUUAUUCAAGAGAUUCAGGAAAAAGACCAUCAGAUGAUACUAAUGAAGAGAAUUAUAAUGUACCAAUGAAGAAAAAUAAAAAUAAAGGUGGGCCUAAUCCGGUGAUUAAUGAACAACAUAAUGUUGAUAAAAUUUUUUAUACCUUUAACUAUUGUGGUAUAAAAUACAAUCUAAUCACCAAAAAACAAUGGGAAGAAGCUUUUAAAUUGUACAAUUCUGAUUUAUCAGAUGAUAGGUUUUUUAAUUUUUAUAAAAAAAUUAUUGCUUUUAUACUCAGCAAUGAAAGACUUGAAUAUAAAAUAAAUGGUGAUGUGAGUGUUUUAAAUAAUGCACAAAAUUUUGAAGAAAUAUCAAAAUUUAUAAAUUUUGACAUAUUUUCAGUUUCUAAAGAGAAAGUUAAUUUUUGUGAAUAUUAUUUAAUUAAGUUUGUAAUAGUGUUAUUUGAUAAAGAAAAUUUAAAAAUUAAUGAUUUAGACAAAUUAAAUCAACUAAUUAAUGUAUUUAACGAUUUAAUUUCGUUAAUUAAUAUGUUUAAGUUAGUUUCAAAAACAGUUUUUUUAAAAAACGUUGAUUAUAUUAUUCAAAAUUGGAAUUUCCUUAACUUUUGUCAGAGUGAAAUUAUUAAAAUGUUUCAGAAAAUAAACAAAAAUAGUGUAGUUGCAAAUACUUCUAAAAUUAAUCAAAUAAAAUUACAAAGCUUAAUUUUAGACAUACUAAAUUUUGAAAAUAAUAUUAAAUCAGAAGCAGAAGAUAUUUCUUCUAAUGAACGGUUUAAUUUUGAUUUAAGUAUGCUAAAACAAAAUUUUAGAAAUUUAUUAAACAACUAUCAAAUGUUACAGCGUGUUUUAAAUCAAAAAAAGUCAGAUGAAAAUACAAAAGACGUCUCUAAAUAUCUUCAAUCUUUAAAUAAUACGAUUUUACUUCUUCUAAAUAGAUAUCAAGCAAUUUUACAUGUAUCAUGUCUUUUAUUUAUAAAAGAUUUGUCUAUUUUAAUUUUUAAUUCUUUGAUAAUAUUUGAUAAAAAGAAAAGUUUAUUGAAGUUUACAAAUCCUUUAAAAGAAAUUUUAUUAAAUGGGGCAUCAAGUUUGCUAAUUCAAUAA